CUAAUGCACAUUGUUUCAGGUACCAAUGUCAAGAUAGCUGCCAUUCCUUCAAGCGUCGUGGUUCUGACUUCAGAGACCUUUGACUCAAUUGUCCUUGAUGAAACCAAAGAUGUCCUUGUUGAGUUUUAUGCCCCAUGGUGUGGUCACUACAAGCAUCUUGCUCCGAUUUAUGAGAAGCUGGCUUCAGUUUUCAAGCAGGACGACGGUAUUGUGAUUGCCAAUCUUGAUGCUGACAAGCACACUGACUUGGCUGAAAAAUAUGGUGUUUCUGGUUUCCCUACAUUGAAGUUCUAUCCUAAGGGAAACAAAGCCGGUGAAGAUUAUGAUGGUGGCCGGGACUUGGAUGACUUUGUCAAGUUCAUUAAUGAGAAGUGUGGCACCAGCUGGGAUACAAAGGGCCACCUGACUUCAGAGGCUGGGCUUGUGCCAAGCUUGAAUCCUCUUGUGAAGGAGUUUCUCAAUGCUGCUGAUGACAAGCGGAAGGAAGUCCUCUCUAAAAUAGAAGAGGAUGUUGCUAAGCUCAGCGGUUCUGCAGCCAAGUACUUUCUUCCACCUUCCCCUACACUAUGUUUGCAAGCUACUCGAUUGAUUUAACAUUCUCAAAACUUC